GGAAACGCUGCUUGUCCAACACCAGUCAUGCCUGGGUUGCUACCUGUGUUACUCACGGCUUCCUUCCGAAGACAGACAUACGCUGCACGCUUCUUAUCCAGAAUGGAAACACGCCGUUAUGCUUAUAAGAACUGCUUUUGUGACUAGUGCUUUUCAUACAAUCCCCAUAGUGAUUUCAAGUGCAUCCCAGGAAAAGAAAUUAACAUCUAGUGUCAGAUAUGGGUGGACAGUUGAAAAUGCAGGCUUGCAAAUUUUAAAUGAAAUUAUGAGAUUCGUGUCCCAGUUUGCGGAUUUUUCUUGAAUCCUAACCUGCGCCUCGCACUCAUUACGUUGCCGAAAUAGACAGACUAUGGAGACGAUAAAAUGAGUCUUCAUGAAAAUUUCGCUGCAAGACUACAAUCUGGAUCAAUUACUACCACCGCUGAAAUUGCGACUAUGUCUGCAGGAUCACGGCCGUAUUAGUUAUACACUACUUAGCUGUUUAACAUAUGUCGGUUUUCGACUUUCAACUGGAUGAACAAAACGUCGAUCCUCAUGAGCACUUAUUGAUAAACAAAUAAAUGCUUUACAAUGUGCUUUUCGUAAUGUCAAAACUUUUUUGUUUAGGUAAAUGUAAAUUUAGUUUUCCAUUACUUUUACAUUGAUCCCACAAACAGACUUAUUGGAAAUACGCUUCCCAGAAUUCUCUGCUCGCGCAUGUCCACUUCACACUGACGUUAUGGUUAUCUGCUGCGUAUGGAAAAUAUUUUACAUGCUUUACAGUUUAAUCUUGCUGGCUAGUUAAAUUAUACCGAAUAGCAAAAAAUAUAUACAUUACUGGUGACAAACCUUAAGGGCCUUUUUUUUAAUCGGAACUAAGUACAGUAUAUUUGUUUACGUGUUGCCUUGGUAACGGAGGUACAACUGUCACUGACAUGAACAACUAUGAAGUUGUACGGAAAAUUGGAGAAGGAGCGUUUGGAAAAGCUUUCUUAGUAAAAGCCAAAGACGGAGGCAGCGAAACGGAAUGCGUGGUGAAGGAAAUCAACCUGAGGAAGAUGCCUGUCAAGGAAAAAGAAGCUUCCAGAAAGGAAGUGGUCCUGCUCUCGAAGAUGAAACAUCCAAAUAUUGUCAUGUUUAUAACAUCAUUUGAGGAGAGGGCCAAUCUGUAUAUUGUGAUGGAAUACUGUGAUGGAGGAGAUUUGAUGAAGAGGAUCAGUACGCAGAGAGGCGUACUGUUUAGCGAAGACCAGAUAGUGGACUGGUUUGUACAGAUUUGCCUGGGACUGAAGCACAUUCACGACAGGAAGGUCCUACACCGGGACAUCAAGGCUCAGAAUAUAUUUCUCACUAACAACGGGAUGAAAGCAAAGCUCGGCGACUUUGGAAUUGCAAGAAUGUUAAACAACACCAUGGAACUUGCCAGAACGUGUGUGGGGACGCCUUACUAUCUCUCGCCAGAGAUUUGUGAGAACAGACCCUACAAUAAUAAGACGGAUAUCUGGUCUUUGGGAUGUGUUCUCUAUGAGCUGUGUACUCUCAAACAUGCCUUUGAGGGCAGCAGCCUAAAACAGCUGGUGCUCAGGAUCUGUAGGGGGCACUUUAAACCCAUCGCCCCCCGUUAUUCGUGCAACCUGCGCCUGCUGGUGACACAGCUGUUCAAAGUGAGCCCGCGGGAUCGGCCCUCAGUCAACUCUGUCCUGAAGAGGCCCUUUCUGGAGAAACUGAUCAGGAGACACCUGGAUCCACAGAUGAUGGCAGACGAGUUCAGCCACACUGUGCUGCACAGAAGGAGCCCCCCACGCCCCCGCCCCCUGGCACGGCCCAGGCCAAAACAGACCGCAGAGGUUGUCGCUAAGCCUAGAGCUGCAGAGAGGCCUGCUCCCUCUGCCAAGCCUGGGGACUUGGCGAAAAAAACACCCCUCAGACAAGUGUGGAAACCCCCAGCCAAUGUCUACACUCCAGAGUAUCAACACCUGGUUAACCACAAAGCGGCACUGAAGGAGAAGGCUCUGGACCAUGACCAUUGGGCCAAUCACAUGGUGAAUCUGUAUGACCAACCGCAGGGGCUCUAUGUCCACUACCACGCCCAGUUAGAUGCCAUCCAGCAGAAACGCCAGGAGGAGACCCCUCCUCAUCUUUACCCUCCUCCUCCUCAGCCAGCAGCCAAUCAGGAGAAAGCCAGAGAUUCACAGAGCGACUGGGUACAUUAUCCAGAACCAUAUCAGCUAGUGGUGGCUGCACGGGAAGAAUAUUUGCGGAGAAGACAAGAGGCCAAUCAAAACAAGCUGAGGGCUGAGAAGCAGUUGGGUCUCCGGCCCUCCACUGCAGACUCAAAUCAGCCCAGGGCUCAAGACGCCAGGCUUAGAGGGGAACCCCCACCAGACCAGCACCAGGAGGAGUAUCUGAAACAGCUGCAGGUGAUCAGACAGCAGUAUCACGAAGACGUAAGGGGCAUCAGGAUGAAGGCAGGAGUGCAUGACUCAGAGAGAGAAACUGAGACGCUGGACAAGACGCAGCAGAAUAAGGAGGCACUGCAGAGGAAGGACAAGGGGAAGAAAGGGAUCAUGUUUGAGGUUCUCCUAAAUGAUGAAGCAAUACAGGCUGGGAGAAAAAAAGAAGAGAAAGAUCGGGGCAAUGAUGAGGACAAUGAAGAGGAGGAGGAAAUGGACCCAUUAAACCAGACCCUAACAUUCCAGGCUGGAGAGGAACUCAAGCACAGGGAGUGGAUUGGUGUGGGGGCAAACGCAGUGGCGGCGGAGGGCCCAGAGGUGGUCCGGAGGAAGGGCUGGGGUAAGGAGGCCCCCAGGACACUGCUCGGUGCCCUUGCCAACAUGGAGGUGUCCUCCAUCUGUACCAUGUCUGCUCCUGCCCUAGCAGAAGAUGGGGGACCCUGGGAACAGAGGAAACUGUGGGCCGGGGGGGCGACCAACACUCUACUACAGGCCCUUGGGCAAGCAGCACUUACCUCUACUGUCACCUUCAAGCCCUCAGCAGAGGGGGAAGAUGAGGAUGAUGAAGGCUCAGACACAGACGUAGAUGAAGAGCGACUGGAGCCCCGGUCAGAUGGCGAGGACACGUACGCAGCUUCCCCGUCUCUCCUGCUACCGGAGUCCAACAGCACAGCACUGGUUUCAACAAGCGUUUCCCCCUUUUUUUCCCCCCUGCUGUCCAGAAACUUUGAGGAAUCAGAAGAUGAGCUGAUGGUAGAGGUGAUUGAAUCCAUGAAGAACUACAUCCCUCAGGAGGAGGAGAAAGGAGAAGAUGAGGCAAACGGGAAGCAGACAGAGGGCCAAAGGCUGGAGAUCGGUGAUGGGGAGACAGAACACGCCAUGGCCAGCACACCGAACGCUCAAGCCAGGCCUCACAGCCAGACUCCAGAAUGCACAAAUACGCAGAUGCAGUCAGGAAAUCCAGGUGUCGCAGACAGGGACCAGGCCGGGGGUGGGGAAAGCACCGCUGCCGAGCAGGGGCUAAGCUAACAGACCCUCAGCGUGACCAGCACUGUGGGGAAGCUCCCCAAGCCAGUAGCAUACAGUGACAGUCCAUCUCAGGGAUAUGACAGGUCUCCGAUCAGCUCGAACAUCUCAUUUGAAGGCCCAUCAUGCAGCUGCACUUUCUGGUCUCAUUACUAGUUAAAUGUUAAGGGGUCUCUCCCCAGUGUCCGUACAGGGGACGUGGGUGAUGAAGAGGGAUAUAUAUACCU